GUGAAUUUUGGUUUUAUUUAACUUUUAAGUUAUUUGAGAACAGGACGGUUUACCUGUCUGUCUUCAUUUUUUGUACUUCAGUUUUUCAGUUUCCAUAAUUAAUUUGGAUACCAGGAUAGUCAAGGGAAUCCUGUAUCUGAGAAAUGGCAACUGCACAAAUAUCACUGGAACCAAUGUUUAAGUAUCUCUCACUUGGGAUGGUUUUCUCGGGAGUUCUGCAGUUGGCCGGAUUUGUGUCUCCCGGAUGGUCCAGAUAUAAAUACGAAGCCAAUGACUACAGCUAUCAUACUGGCUUAUGGUAUACAGUGACAUGUACCAAUACCUGUGAAACAAUGUCAAUUUUUAGGGGUUUCGAGGGUGAUUAUCAUCCAUAUAGGCCAUGGCAAAUACAAACGUCCAUCGCACUAUUGGCAUGUUUUAUUGCCGUCAUUUACCUUAUAAAAGCGAGAAAUUUGACAAGUGCAAGAAUGGUAAAGUGGGUCACAAUUGGUGCAUACUUUUCUUUAUUGUCAGGAAUCUUGUCUCUAGUGCCAGCUGGAAUUUUCGCAGACAGUCAGCGUAGUAGUGGCAGUCUUCAAUUCCUGUUUCCGUAUUCGCUGUUUCUUACUGGUCUAGGGGGAAGCCUCGCUUUGAUUAUAUCUCUCAUAUCUUUAUGUUUUGUGCUGUCGAAGCAGACAAGUGAACCAGGAUUCCAGUUAUCCUCACUUUGAUAUCUUUACAGUAGCAGAUGACAAACUUACCAGACUUCAACUAGUUGAAAUCAAAGCUUAAAGCUAUUAAGUUAAAAAAGACUUUACUUGUAUACUAUUAUGAUGAUAAUUGAUUUAUUUUGGGACCUUCCUCGUAAGUAAUGACAACACCAAUAUACAUAUUUGCCGUUUUGUUUGUCCAAUACUGCUUAUUGAAAAUAUAUGAAAUGAAAUGUAUUUGAUAUGUUAAUCAGACUUUGAGGAAUAAAAAUCUAGUGGUCCGUGUUAUAUCUGUUUCAGUUUAUUGUUUAUGAUAGUGAAACAAUAUUCACGGUAUACAACAGUUUUAAUCUUUCAGUCCAUUGUUUGUUUGAGUAAAUUAGUGUAUAUGGAUUAAAAUACUUCGCAUUAUGUUCUUUGUUUGUAUCAGUACAACAAUUAAUAUACAUGGAACAAAUUAUUCUUUUUCUUCUACAAUUUCAGUUCAUUGUUUUUUGGUCAAUUAGUAUAACAGUGUACACGUAUAGAGGAUAUUACAUGAGUGUAUUUUCAUCACUUAAUAAACGAGUUGAAUAAAACAAUAAUAUGCGAGGU